AUCUCUCAGCAACAAUUUGAAACAAGUUUUCCGAGGAAUAUAUAUCCUUUCGGCCAAGCAUUUCCGUCAACAACCCCCAAUCCAAUUCCAAAAUUUGGGAGCCCCAAACUCAAUCCCUAUAAGAAGAAGAAGAAGAGAAAGCACUGCUGAGGUUGAUUCAAACAUUUAGGUUUAGGGCACAGAAUCUGUAUCUGCUUCCUCAUUCUCGCAUCCAACAACAAGAAGUAGAAGAAGAAUAGCAAUGUCGGACUUUCUCCCAGACGAAAUCAUGGUUGAAAUCCUCCACAGACUACCCACCAAACCCCUAAUCCAAUUCAGGUCUGUUUCCAAAUCUUGGUACUCUCUUAUCACAAGCCCUAGUUUCAUCAACACCCACUUCAAUCACUCGCUCACUUCCGAUACCUACAAUAACAGCUAUGAUAAUCUCCCACUCAUGAUACUUAGGCAAUGUGUUUCUACUCCUUAUACCAAAACAGAGCACUACAAAUUGUGUAUUGAUACUGAUGAAUCAUUUGAUGAAUACAAAGAACUUGAAAUCCCAAUAAAGAGCCGUCGUCUUCACUUUUUUUUCGCAAUUGGGUAUGCGAAAGGUUUGUUUUGCCUUUUCGAACAAGAUCGGUUUUUUCUUUGGAACCCAUCGAUUAGAAAGUCCAUGGCUAUGUCCAAACCUACGAUCAAGACCUCUAUGCAUUAUCAUGGGUUUGGAUUUGAUCCGCGAAGCAAUGAUUAUAAAGUGGUUACAAUAGCCAACAGAACUAAACUGCCCAAUGGGGAGCCAAUAACACACAUUGAGGUUUAUUCCCUUAAUGCGGGCGUAUGGAAAAUGUCUAGCACGGGGAGGAACUCUUAUCCGGAUGGGAUUACUAUAGAUUAUUCAGGACGCUUCGCUGCUUAUUUAGAAGGGGCUGUUCAUUUUGCUGCGAAUAUGAAGAAAUCCAAUGAUCCAUUGAUUUUGUCGUUUGAUUUGUGUGAUGAGGUGUUUCAAACAAUGAUGUUACCAGAUGGUAUUGUAGGCCCGAGAACCGAGGUCCGGGCUUCAGUUUUCGGGGGAUUGCUUUCUCUGUUAUGUUACGAAGAUAGUGCUGUAUUCAAGUCUUGUUCCAUUUGGACAAUGAAAAAGUAUGGUGUAGUUGAUUCUUUGUAUAAGCAGUUCACAAUUGAUCUAAGCAGAGGAAUUACACAGGUAUUAGGUUUACGGAAUAAUGGUCAUAUAUUAUUGGAGACAAAAGCACCAAGUGAUUGGGUGCUUUCUUCAUAUGACCCUUCGAGCCAACAAACUAAAAAUUUGGGAAUUUAUGCUACUUCAAACCAUUUUGUUGUUGAUACUUACGAGGAGAACCUAAUCUUACUCAACAAACCAAAUGAUGCAUUUUCUAGAAGGCGAGUGAGCAGGAAGAGGAAAGACAGGUUGACUCUUGACCAAGGCUUUCAAACACGAAUAAAGGCACUUAAUACUGAUGUUCAAAGGCAGACAAAUGAAGUUGAGCUCCAGUUAAAAGAAAUAAAGGGAAAGGUAGAGGAAGCAAUGGAAGUCAUAGCAAGAAUGGGGCCUCCACAACACGCUGAGGUCUAUGCCAAACUCCAGACUAUUUUUUUGCAAAUGCGACCCAUUAUUGUUCCAAGUGAUGAACAAAUCGAUUCGACGAGGCUCACUGCCACUUCUCAAAGUUCCAUGGUGAAUAAUUGUGAGGUGGCUGCUGAGAAACUGAGCCACAGUCGUGUCCUUAGCAGGGGUGUAGGUGUCAAGGGCAAAGAUUUGAAUGGCUGCACUUCCUCAGGUCAAGGCAAGAAUUGUACGAGGGAUGAGGAGUAUGAGGCAGAGUUAAUAAAAAGAAGGGCUAAAUCUACUGAAUUUCUGAAGCAAUUGUCUGAGAUGAAGGAUCAAUUAUUGCAGACCUUUAGCAAACCAUUCAUACCUACAGUGCAGGCAUCUGCUAAUGCACAGCCAUGAUCCAGGUAAAAAAAAGUUAAAUGAUUUCAAAUAUUCAAUGGAUUCAAAGCCUGACCCAGUGGAUGACAUAACAUAUGAUUCAGUCUUUACCAAAUAGAGCUACCUCUGAUAUUCUGAUUCUUUCUGGGCACAUCAGAUGAAAUGGUUUUGUAUUGUUUUGAAUUCUGUUCUGUGGAAAUAUCAUUUUUAGGAGCAAAAUGAUCAUGGAAUUUGAAUUUUUUUUUUGUUAUAUAUUUUUUAUCCAUCUUGUAAUGUGACUUGCAACUGGCGUUCUAGUUUUCUUUGACUGUAUAUUGUUGUUACUAGUAGUAACCCAGUAUUUUGUUUACACCAAA